AUGCCAUACUUAUUAAAAAAAGAAUAUACUUAUAAGAACUUAGGAGGAAUAUUCUUAGAAUGUCCUCCUCCACCUGCAGCUCCAGCUCCUGCGGCUCCGGCACCAGCAGCUCCUGCGGCGCCUCCCCCACCAGCUCUGCAAGGAAUGAGACGAGCUUAUAGUGUGGGAGUCAAUUGGCAGAAUCUAAGACAACAACUGGGUGGACCCCCUCCACCUGCAGCUGGUGCACCGCCCCCAGCAGCAGGAGCAGCUCCUGCGCCUGCUCCCGCCGCUCCUCCCGGUCCUCAAGGUGAACGAAGGUCAUAUACUGUGGGAUUUGACUUCUCCCGCAGUCAGCAACAAUUAGGCCAGCCACCUGCAGCUCCUGCAGCUGGCGCAGCCCCAGCAGCACCUGGACCAGCCCCUCGACCAAUAGCUAACCUCAACAUGCCCCAACCAGCCCGGCCAUUCCCUCCAAGAUUACCAUUACCCAUCAAAGAAGCCCCAGUAGUCCCAUCACUUAUCGAAAGAAUAUAUUACAACAACGGAAAUCCAUCGAAAAAAGAACAAGUGCUCAUUACACCAAGAGAUUCUCCAGGUAAGGCAGGUAGUCCAUUGGAUCUACAUAGACCUCCUCCUAAGUUGGAUACGCCUCCUGGUGAAGAGUUAUGUGAACCUUCUGGUGAAUAUAAUGAUGAUGAUGCUGAGAAACCAGAAGAAGAGGAAGAGGAAGAGCAAGAAGAUGAUGAGGAAAGGAGAAACUAA